AUGGCGUACGGCCUUCGUCAUGUUGUGUGCUUCAAGUUCAAGUCGUCAACCCCGGCUGAGUUGCUGGAACAGUUCAUUCACGAAGGCCGACAGCUGAAAACUCUCAUCCCGGAGCUUGACUUUUUCAUUGAUGUGCGGACCUCAAUAACGGACGAUCGGACGAAAGGAUUCUCGCACUUUUUGUACUCGGAGUUCCACGGGAAGGACGAACUUCAAGUGUACGCGGAUCACCCGAAACAUAAGGCGUUCGUCGCCAAGUUCAGGCCGCACUUUGAAGACGUCAUGGCCUUCGACCUCCCGAUGUAA